UUCUCACGAGAUCUCAUGGUUUUAUAAAUGGCGGUUUCGGCUUUGCGGUCUUUUCUGCUGCCUUGUGAAGAAGGUGCUUGUUUCUUCUUUGCCUUCUGCCAUGAUUGCCAUGUGAAUCGCACCCCUGGAACUGUGCAGGGCCCACCUGUGUGGCCACACGCAGUGACCCUGAGCAAAGGAGUGACCAGAGAAGUGCAUGGCAAAGCAGAAAGGUGUGACGUCUUGGAGGACCCGGGAGGAAAGCACACCCAGCGGACAGGAGCCAUCACGCGGCUGCGGGCUGCUGCUGAGAGCCUGGCGUGGGCCACCGUCGUCAGCAGCGUGGAGGAACGCAUAUGCUGCCUCCUUUCUGAUAGGGAGACCCACCCACCUGUUCACCUCUCUCCAUGUGGUCUGCGAGCGGGCUUGGAGCCAUAUCUGAAGCCUCACCUCUAGGAGCCAGUUUUGUCUCCUCCUCAUCCCUGCUUCUUAUCAGUUGUGGUACAUUUCUCUUGGGUCCUGACCCUCCACUUCAGUUGGUGUUUUUCAUCUUUGGGAAGCACCCAGGCAUGGGGGCAGAAGCUUGGGUUUUAGAUUCGGCUGGGCUGGGUUCACAUCUCAGCUGUGUGGCCUUGAACAGGUGACUUGACUUCUCUGAGCCUAACCAUUGCCAGUUUCCAUAUUUUAUAUGAAGUGAGCCCUAUUUUGCAGGUCAGGGAGCUGGGGCCUAGCUAGGACCCAAAGGAUUAUUCCAGUUUCUCAUAAAACAAGUACAUAGCAGUUAAUAUUUGCCAUAGGGUGCACAAAAAGAUUCAUUGAUUGCCUUCCUAUUUUUAAUCUUCAGAGAAAGACGGAUGGGAUUUCAUUAGCUCAGGGGUGAGAAUGUUGCCUCUGUGUAUUUUUGGAGAUGAGCCCUCCGAAGCAACGGGGCUCAUGCUGCCUGAGAACUGGGGAGUCAACCAGCGUUCACUCCCAGACUUACCAGACAGUAGAGCCUCUCCCAUAAAAGGCACAUCAGAACCCACUUCGGACAAUGCUGCUGCGGGUUAUGGGUCAGAACUUUUAACAAGAGGUAGGGGUGGCCUCAUCCCUUGGGGCUGCUGUGUGUGAAUGACCUGGAGGAGGCUGUGGUGGGGCCAGGCAGGGCCAGUGGGCUGAGCCACGCAUCAGAGUAACUGGCCACACUUUAGAAUGGAGAUUCCUGGGCCUUUCCCUGGCUGCUGUGGUUCAGCAGGGGUGGCGGGGACCCAGGAGCUCCCAGGUGAUCUGACUCCUGGGGAGCAGGGUUUGUAUAAGCCCUGGGCCUGUUGAGGUCAGGGCCUGGUGACCCUAAUUCCUUCCAGCCCUGGAUAGGGGUCUAGUCCAGAACCUGCCAGGGACGGUUUGUCAAAUCUGUUACUCUUCUCCCAAGUAAACCACCAGGAACAAGACACUGUUUUAAAAAUUGUUACUUAUUAUUACCUUUGGCUUAUUUUUUUUUCUUUCAAAAGCGGCUGGAUGGCAGAGGUGAUAAAGCUGGGAAGAGAGGCAUCCUGGAAGGGCCCGUGUUAUGAAAACCCAGAGUUUCACUCAGAUCGACAGCUGCGUGGGGGCCGGCGCUCCCGGCAGUGAUUGAGUUACCCUCAGCAGUGGGGUCCCGAGGUCGCAAUCCCUGCUGGGGGAGUGAUUGAUGCCGGACUCCAGGGCCCACCUUGGGUGACCCUGGGAUGUCAAUGAGUGACCGCUGGUUCUGGGCCACUUGGUUCUGGGCCACCCGCAUGUCCAGAGACCUCAAGGUGGGCCGACGUCCAACCAGCGAAGCAGAGCAAUCCUUCUGGAAGCUUCUCUCCACGGGGGGCUGGCUGCUCCUUCAUCACUCCCAUCUGAGGGCUUCCGCUUGCAGCCGUCUGUCACACUGAGCAGCUCUGUGGUGGAUUCUGUGUUGCUUGCUCUGUGUCUAUUUUGUCAAGAUCGCCACUCUCUCUGGAUUCUCUCCUCUGGGUUGGCCCAUGCUCACUCAUCCGGCUUUGGAAGGACAUUUGUCCUCUAGCUUCCUCCAGGAGGGGGAUUUGUCUUAGAGAGUGGCACUUUCUCUUCCCUCCCCAACCCCUUGUGCACCUUCUGCAGGGAGGGGAGUCCCCUGGUGCUGAGAGGAGAGGUAGGAGAGCCAGGUAGGGCCUGUGGGAGUCCAGCAGAGGUGCCCUGGCCACCUCGAGUGUCUGAGACUCACGGUCUAUUAAAAAUGGAAAAACAAACUGGGCACCGUGGCUCAUACCUGUAAUUCCAGCACUUUGGGAGGCUGAGGCAGGUGCAUCACUUGAGGUCAGGAGUUCAAGACCAGCCUGACCAACGUGGUGAAACCUUGUCUCUACUAAAAAUACAAAAGUUAGCUGGGUUUGGUGGUACACACCUGUAAUCCCAGCUACUUGGGAGGCAGAGGCAGGAGAAUCUCUUGGACCUGGAAGGUGGAAGUUGCAGUGAGCAGAGAUUGUGCCACUGCACUCCAGCCUGGGUGACAGAGUGAGACUCUGUUUCAAAAAAAAAAAAAAAAAAAAACAGAAAAAGAAAAAAGAAAAAAAGGAAAAACAACAAAGUUAGCGCUGAGCAGGGUUUCAGGAUUCUAGACCUGGUUUAAAAUGCAUUACAUGGAAUCACAUGUUUAAUCUGCAAGUUGACUCUCUGACACAGCGAGUGGUAUUAUCACAAUUUUGACAAGAUAA